AUGUCAAUUGUGGUACCUAAACUGGCGGACAUCACUAAAAUCAAAUAUUUUUACAGGUUCAAGUACCUGAUCAACCCCGAUAAAAUUACGAAAAUUUUUCAUAAGUUAGAUAUACCCAGCACGUAUGGAGAUUGUUCCAAAUUGAAGGUAUUGGAGAUGUACCCAGGGCCUGCACUCCAAUCCACAAUUUUUUAUAAUGAGUUUAAACCAAAGCAACAUUUUCUGAUGGAAUCUCGGCCAUCAUUUGUAAAGUUUAAUAGUAAUAGGUACACUGAUCCGGAAAGUGGAUUCUCUUUGGUGCACAAAAAUCCAUAUAAUUGGGAGUCAUAUACAGACCUGAUAGAAAAGGAGAAGGUGCUUAUACCAUCGAUUCAGAGCCGAGAUCACAUUAACACUGAGUUUUUGGUAAUGGCAAACUUGACAGAAAAGGGACAUGAGGGUCUUGUGAUGCAAUGGGUCAACUGUAUGGGCCACCAGAAUUGGCUCAUGAAAUACGGCCUCGUCAAAAUGCUCUUAUGGGUUCCUGCAACAACAGCUUUGAAGUUAUUGUCGCGGCCUGGUGCUAAGGCUCAUAGUCGAUGCUCGAUUAUGAUGGAAACUUUCUCGAAUACGAAGUUGGUCGCUAUUUCUGACGGGGCAGAGUUGAAACUGUUUGACCCAGAUCUAAUUGAAAAAUGGGAUCCCAUUAUCUGUGACGAUAAAAAAGACAUGCAUCCGGUAAAUAAUAACUCCGUGGCUUUAAUAGAGAUUAACCCUCGGGAUAGGGAUAUCGAUUAUGACAAUUGGGACUACAUAACAAGACAGCUAAUGAUAUUAAAAAAGACACCAUUGAUAGACUCGCUCGAAUCCCUGGGUCACGGUGCCAGAAAUUACUUUGUGGAUGCAAUAAACGAUCCCGCAUUCCUGAAAAAAAGUCCGAUAGACUUGACCCCAUGUGAAUUUGAGUACAUAAUGGAGUUAUUCGUGAACUGGCCUUUCAAGCCAGACAUUUAUAUGGAACAGUUUGAUAUCAACCAAGAUGAGACUAGGACCUGA